CUUGCGGCUUGCGGCGCAAGGAAUCAUCUGCAGCGAGGAUGACGAUGAGGAGCUGGUGCUGUGUGGACAGACUGCACCAAUUGACGUAGUCGCCGAUCCGCAUCCAAGACCCGGCUCUCUCAUCGCGGACGGAGCCGCGCACACCGAGACUGUAGUUUACUACUCCGCAGUAGCAGCAGCAGCAGACCAGUCACGCCGCUCCAAAGCGGGGAAAGAUUCGGCCGACGAUCUGGGGGACCGAGAUCAUCCCCGCCCCACGACGUCUGGUCCGCAGCGGAUGCGUGCAGAGCCUGGAAGCUGCUGGAAAAUUAUGGCGAUGAGCUCCAAUCAGGAACUUCGUGGCCAGGGUUUUGUUGAAUCCUGAGAGAGAGAGAGAGAGAGAGAGAGAGCAGGUGCCUGCUUUGAAAGUCGAUGAUUCUGUCUCUACGCCGAGGCCUCCUGCUUCACCACCGGUAGUCGUUGUACUAGGUGGCUAGGCCGGGGGUGUGUCGGGAGAUCUAUCAAGCGUAGCGUAAGCAGCAAGGUUUGUGGGUAACCUCACAUGUCGGGCACACGGAAAAGAAGAAAGACUUUUUUUCGAGGAAAAGCCGAUGUGCAUUGUGGCGGUUUUCUCAGUGCAGGGUGGGAGAGUUCAUGUCGGUGGUGAUUAAGGAGAUGGAGAAGAAGCUGAGCUCUUGAUUGAAUCCUGUACCUAGUUCAAUUCUAGUUCGAUGUGGCGGAUGGGGUGUUCUUGCUAGCCGAGUGUCAAAAUUUGACUGAGAAUUUCGGAAUGUGGACUGAUUAGUGGGGUUUGUGUGUUGCGUGGCGCUAAAUUGGUCGAGCAGUUGGUGGUUUCGGCGUUUUUGAGGUUCAGAGAGAGAGAGAGAGAGGCCUGGUGUUUGGUUAGAUUAGAAGCGGAAUGUGAGCUUGAUGGUGAUGGCGACUGAAGCAAGGCUUACGUGCAGAUUGCACACGGACUCGCCCUUAGUGCACCAUAUCGUGCCUCCGUAUGAGCAUCCCGAAUUUAUAUGCGAUCUGUGCUUUAAGAUUGGGGAAGGACCAACUUAUCAUUGCAAGACGUGCAAGUAUGAUCUUCAUCCCGUGUGUUGUACCUUGCAGCCCACGCUGCGGAGCUGCCUGCAUCCGGAGCACCCCCUGACGCUCAUGCCGAAGAACCACCAUGCUAGUUCUAGAAAGAAAUGCGACGGGUGUAGGAAUGCAUUGGCGGAUGGGGAGUGGAGCUACCGGUGUGAGAGUUGCAACUUCGAUGUGCACGCUUUGUGCGCGAAGCUGCGGGAGAAGAUUGUAACCUCGUUUCAUCACUACCCUCUCAAGUUGCUGAAGAAGUCGCCAUAUCCGGCGCGGCAUUUGCAGUGUGAUCUCUGCGGCGAAAGAAUGCCCACGCAAGGGUGCGUAUACCAUUGCACGAAUUGCAAAUUUGAUUUGCAUCCGGCUUGUGCUUUGAUGCCUCGCGACCCACUAUGCUCCGCGCAUCCGCACCGGCUCAGGACGCGGUGGUACCGAACUUACCAAGGGAAGAGUUACGUCUGCGACGUGUGUCUCGAGUUUGGCGGAGAACUCGGCUUCCAUUGCGAGAAGUGCAACUUCAACAUCCACCCCAAGUGCCUCAACAAUUUUUUUGGUCCAGACUCCUCAGAUAUUGCGGAGGGAGAAACCUCAGGAUCUGUACAUGACUGUACAAGUGCUCCGAAGUACAAAAAUACCGCUUACGGGGUGCACAUAAUUCGCAAAGAUGUGGACAUAAAACGCGACUCUGCGUAAGCUGAUUCUAAUCCGUAGCAGGUUUCGAAGCGUGAUUUGAGCCAGAGAGUUAACCCUUCCAGACUGAGCACGCUCUUGUCAGGGUCACGGUAGUGAAGUGGAGGACGCACGAUCCUUUUCCGCACUCCUCGAUGACCCUAGAUAUGGCAAACGAUUCUCGCGUGGCACAACGGAGACUGCGAGCCAGGCCCUCCGAAAGAAGGAUCCUUCCAACGGCUUAGUUUAGUUCAUGGCAAUGAAGCUCCCCAUAGGUCUGUCCCAGUGCACAUAUUACACCCUUGAUGUACAGAAACACAGUGGGUUGAUUGCUCGCUGCAAGAGUUCUUGCAUUGACAUUAACACUGAUAAUUUUGGGUUACUGAUCGACGAGCCCCUUAAACACGAGAGACAACAUUGGCGACGAUGCAGAAUCAGGUCUCGUUAUUCCAUUGUAGCGAGAGAGAGUGCGAGUGAGAGAGAUAGCGAGAGCAAGCGAGAGAUGUAAGAAUUAGUGAAUCAACUUAGACACGUAGUGAUGAGGAAGGACAACGCCCUCAUCACCGAUCUUAUUGUGAUACAAGAAUGGUCGGUGUGCGUCGCUUGAGGCCCAACGCACACCAAGGCAAGAUCUUCCACAGCCCUGUAACUUACUCCAUAGCUUUUCUUCUUCUUCUUCUUCUUCUUCUUCAUCUGGGUACAGUGCGAGAGAGGAGCUGCAACAUUUGGAUGCCAUUGACAGAGUCACUUCACAUGGUGGCAACUUCUUGGCAUUCGGAGACCUCUACUCUCUUUCCUUGACUCUUUCAUUGUGAAUAUUGUCUUUCGGUUCAAAUCCGACAGUUUGAGAGAUCUUUUGGAGUGUUGUUCCAUGUAAAGUGGGCUGGGCAUGUCUCAACCAUGGCAUAUUUUAGGUGUUAAAUAAUUCCUCUUUACGUAUUAAAAUUCUUUUUCUUUUACAA